GAGUCCCUCUCGUGUGCCCUCGCGCACAUCGCAUGCGGUCUUCACUCAGCCUCCGCUGCUGUGAACACCAAACUUGCACUUCACCUCACGGUGCCGAUGCUUGGUUCAUGUGGAGAAGCCGAGAUAAACUAGUGGGCGCUGUGAAAACGUGCGGGCCACGCUGCGCGGGGCUCGCUCGGUUGUUAGCUCCGGCUAGGCAUGCCAGCUCCCUCCCGUGACGCUAUCGCCGUCGCCGUGGGCAAGUGCGUCUUUCUCAAGCUCGCGCCGCAGGACACGCAGAAACUCCUCGCGCCGGUUGGCGCCAAGGUGGACUGGAAGGCGGUCCGCGCGUACACGGCGCAGGCGGUCCGUUCGCCGCAGGCUGCGGCGUGCUUGAGCGGCCACUUCACGGAGCAGCUGGCGGUACUGAAUGCGGUUCUGGAGCCCAAGCUCUUUCUUGGCGGCGCCAGCCCCUGCCUGGCCGAUCUCGUGCUCGCCGUCGCGCUGCACGGCUGCUUCGCUGCGUUCGACGACCAGCACAAGUGGGCGCUCUGCAACGCGUCGCGGUGGUUCGACCUGCUGCAGCACCGCGCGGUGGCGCUGGGCAUGCCCGACGACUUGAAGCCGGGCCCUCCCGUCACCUUCGUCUACGACGCGCCCGAGCCGCUACCCGCCAUCGAGUCGCUCGCGCCUCUCGCCACCGACGCGGAGGGCGUCGCCUGCUACAGGGGCGUUCCGUUUGCGACAGCGGCGGGCAAGUGCACUGCAGCCAUAAAGAGCGCGCCGAUCAGCUAG